AUGCCCUACCCCCAGGGUAAGGCUGGCUCUGGCAAGAAGGCCGCUAAGAACCCUCUCAUCGAGAAGCGUUCCCGCAACUUCGGUAUCGGCCAGGACAUCCAGCCCAAGCGCAACCUGUCCCGCUUCGUCAAGUGGCCCGAAUAUGUCCGUCUUCAGCGCCAGAAGAAGAUCCUGAACAUGCGCCUGAAGGUUCCUCCUUCCAUCGCUCAGUUCCAGGCUACUCUGGACCGCAACACCGCUGCCCAGACCUUCAAGCUUCUUUCCAAGUACCGCCCUGAGACCAAGGUCGAGAAGAAGGAGCGUCUCGUCCAGGAGGCCACCGCCGUCUCCGAGGGCAAGAAGAAGGAGGAUGUCUCCAAGAAGCCCUACAACGUCAAGUACGGUCUCAACCACGUUGUUGGCCUCGUCGAGAACAAGAAGGCUUCCCUCGUCCUCAUCGCCCACGAUGUCGACCCCAUUGAGCUCGUUGUCUUCCUUCCCGCUCUCUGCCGCAAGAUGGGUGUCCCCUACGCCAUUGUCAAGGGUAAGGCCCGUCUCGGUACCGUCGUCCACAAGAAGACCUCCGCUGUCCUGGCCCUGACCGAGGUCCGCUCCGAGGACAAGACCGAGUUCGCCAAGCUCCUCUCCACCAUCAAGGAGGGUUACACCGACAAGAACGAGGACACCCGCCGUCACUGGGGUGGUGGUAUCAUGGGCCAGAAGGCCAACGACCGCAUCGCCAAGAAGCAGAAGGCUCUCGAUGCCGCCAUCAAGGUCUAA